UAUUGUAUGUUCAGUUUACUAGAUAUCGUCGCGAGUGACGGAUGUGUACGAAAAAAAAAUCAUAAGCCCAUGGCUUUGAGUGUAGAGUAGCUAAGAAACGUUGUAAACGUUUCUAUGUUGGUGUUGUGACAAGAACCACCCCUCCUCUUGAUCCGGUUGAUUGAUUCAAUUGAAAAUAUUUAGAAGAUCGUCUGGCUAGCGUGACACGGACAAGCGUAUAGAGUUGCAUUAACCAUCACCGCCUACCCAUAAAUUAACUGUUGAUGUAUUGUCUGAGAAAACUGAUAUCGUUUCUUUCCGGAGCACAGCAAUUAGAGCCCGCCAAUAUGUGAAGAUCUCAUAGAUCAAUGAAUGCUUUAUUGAAUAAUUUAUGAGCGAUCGUGUGAGUUGAUCUAAGUGCAAAAGAAUAGUAGUUUACCUGAUGUGAAGUGCUGAAGAAGAAAAUUAGAGUAGUGCGACAAUUAAAGAAAGCAGAAACUUCAGAAUCUCAAGGUAUUGAUGACGAUGGGUGUCUUAAUCAAUAACAAUGCUAGCUUCAUGAAUCAAUUCCGAGUACAAACUGCGAUAACUCUCCUUUUUGUUACAUUUCUUCUUGUGGGGACUAUCGAUGAGACGAUUGCUCAGGAUGCGGAAUUCGCACCACAUGUAACAGCUACGUGUAAAUCGGGUUCAAUGAUUAUAAGGAUUCAAUUUACUGCCCCCUACAAUGGAGUGGUUCAUGCGAGAGAUUUCCGAACGCCGUCAUGUAUGACAUUAGGCAAUGGAUCUUCAUCAGUUGCUCUUAGUCUCAACCUUCUAGCCAAACAGGGCAAUGAUGAUUUUUGCGGUAUUCUAGUCAGCAAUGCGAUUGGCAGCGAGCGAACUGAAGAACGUUCUGUUCAGUUGGCGGUACGAGUGCAUAGAACGCUGGAGUUGGCCGAUGAUAAAUUCUACGUUAUAACUUGUGGUAAAACUGGAUUUGCAAGAGACGACAACUCACCGGUGGCUUUGAAGUUUUUUGAAAAUGACCGCCGGAUACAGGAGACUGUUUAUGGUCGAAAGUACACGGUUAAAGCAGAAGUGACACAUCCCAAUAGAACUCAAAGUAUCCGGGUGAAAAACUGUUUCGCAUUCAACAAAAAGAACAAUAGUAUAACAUUGGUCGAUGAUCGCGGGUGCCCGGUAAUGAACAGCGGAACAUACAUAAUGACUAAAUUUAUAACCUCCUCUAAUGGAACAACUGCUGUGGCGACAUUGAAUUCAAUGUUCCGAUUUCCAGAAGGUUCGGAAGUUCAUUUUCAAUGUGAUGUUAUUCAAUGUAACGGCCUCUGUCCCGAACUAGAUGACCAUGUGUGUUCGAAAGAUUCUGCACAAUAUCUCAAAUCUGCGCGAGCAUUAGGACAAACUGACCAAGGAAUGUUAUUUGCUGCUACUACUGUAUUUGUACUGGAUCCAAUCGAAGCAAAACCUCUUGGACCUCUAUGCGAAGAUAAUGGUAUCCGACCACAUUGGUUACUUUGGUUAACAAUCGCGCUAGCUGUGUUAUUCCUUAUCAUGCUACUGAUGAACAUAUUUCUUUGCACAGCAAUGAGUUGCAGUUGUGCGAGAACUGAGAUAAUUGAAAAAGAACCAUCAAUCAUAGAAGAGUACGAUCCCUAUCGAAGUUGGCACGGUUCACAGUAUGGCUCGCGCUACUCAUUACACGGUCGUGAUGGUGGGCAAAAUAAAGGAUACGUCAGCGGAGGAAGUACGAUACACUCAAAUCGAUCACUACCAAUAGAUUCUGACCACUACGCAAUUGUACACAGCCGACCAGGAUCGAGACACUCCGGUCUGCAGGGCCAUCGAUCUAGAGGCCCACCAAGUAACAUGUAAAGCUAUCAUAUCGGAAUUUUACUUCACUAUGUUUUGCACUGGACAUCUUCAAAACCGCUGAAGAUAAGAAACCAGUUAUUUAAUACAGCUAACCUCAGAUUUUAUAUCCUCGGCUUUCGACAAUGGUUUGCUGAAACAUCUCUUAUAUUACGAAUCUCAAAUACAAAGUAUACCGAUAUAUGUUUUGUUGCGGGACGACUGCGAAGAAAUGUUGAUGUUCCAUUCAUUAAAAUCCAAAUUAUGUCGCCUGAAAUCACGUGCAGUUUAUAGGUUGAUUCGAAGAACAUGGUAAUGAAGCCAGACAAUAUAGAAUAAUUAUGUUUGUCACAA